AUGAAUGCCGUUAUCAGUCCCAAGUUUGGCGCCAAGGUCCAUUACAUCGACAACCUAUCUCACCUCGCCAGGGUCGUGCCUCUCAACCAGAUCAACAUCCCCGCCGCAGUAUACCAACACAACCUCAAGUUCGAGGACACUAUCACGCUUCCAGACAACCAACAGGAUCACGCACACAGAGUCUUUGGCGCGCCACUGGAACGACUCAUGGGACCCAACGGCGAAAAGGGCCUCCCCAAAUUCAUCCAGGACUGUAUCAGGAACCUGAUCGAGAACGGUCUCUACGUUGAGGGCCUUUUCCGUCGCAGCCCCAGUUCCGCCAUGCUGAAACAGGUCCGUGCUGCAUACGACCGUGGCAACCCCGUCAACCUGGCCGAAUACGACAUCCACAUCUCUGCAGUAUUACUCAAACUCUUCUUGCGCGAGCUUCCUGAACCCAUUUUCCCUGUCGAACUGUACAGUCUUUUGCAACAGCAGAAGCGUGGGGAGGAUCUAAAGACGGUGGCGGAAUUCAUUCGGUCCGAGAUCGUGACAAAGGUGACACACAACAACUUGAUCUUAAUGAUGGAAGUGUUUAGGCUGUUGAAGCUAGUCGCAGAUAGACGCGAGUCGAACCUGAUGACGCCUCAUAACCUGGCUGUGGUCAUGACGCCUAAUAUGGUGCGGCACGAGGAUGUGAUGCAAGAGAUUGCGUUGUCGAGUGUUGGUCACCGGGAUAAGGAUGCACCUGUUGACGGCGCCUUGACUCUGGGCACUGUUGUCAAGGUCAUGAUUGAGCAUUAUGAUGAAGUCUUUUGA